AAUUUCUCAACCGCUCACGCUUCAGCUAGGACUAGGGUUAGGUAUUAGGGUUUCGUGAUUCUUCCGCUGAAGAACAUUACCAGUCUCGAUCUUUUCCGAUUUCGUUUACCUUUGCUAUAGAUCUGCGUGCGAGCGUCUCUGCGUGAUCAUGGAGACGGAGUGCUUGACAGAGUUUCCUCAUACUCAUAUGGAUAGGCGGCCAAGAAAGAGGCCGAGGCUCGUUUGGGAUGUUGCACAGGCACCGAAGGCUCAGCCAGCAAUGUUUUGUGGGCAAGAGAUUGGAAAUGUGACAAGCUUUGCACCUUCGAGGGCACCCUCAGACCAUACUAGUUCUCUGUUUGUUAAGGGAGUGGCUCGAAAUGGUUCUCCUCCUUGGCGAGAUGAUGACAAAGAUGGGCAUUACAUUUUUGCGCUUGGAGAAAAUUUAACUUCUCGCUAUCGGAUUCACAGCAAAAUGGGUGAAGGGACUUUUGGUCAGGUCUUAGAAUGUUGGGAUAGGGAGAGGAAGGAAAUGGUUGCCAUCAAAAUUGUCCGUGGUAUUAAGAAAUACCGGGAAGCGGCAAUGAUAGAAGUUGAAGUUCUCCAACAGCUUGGGAAACAUGAUAAAGGGGGCAAUCGUUGUGUGCAAAUACGGAACUGGUUUGACUAUCGUAACCAUAUCUGUAUUGUCUUUGAGAAGCUUGGACCAAGCUUAUACGAUUUUCUACGGAAAAACAAUUAUCGCGCAUUUGCAAUUGAUCUAGUCCGCGAGCUUGGCAAACAACUAUUGGAAUGUGUAGCAUUCAUGCACGAUUUGCGCCUUAUACAUACUGACUUGAAGCCGGAGAACAUAUUACUAGUUUCUUCAGAUUAUGUUAAAGUUCCAGAUUACAAGGUUUCAUCUCGGUCUCCCAAGGAUGGAUCCUAUUUCAAAAGGUUGCCGAAGUCAAGUGCUAUUAAGGUGAUUGAUUUUGGCAGCACAACAUAUGAUCACCAAGAUCAUAGCAACAUUGUAUCAACAAGGCAUUAUCGUGCACCUGAGGUUAUUUUUGGACUUGGUUGGAGCUAUCCAUGUGAUAUUUGGAGUGUGGGAUGUAUUUUGGUGGAGCUCUGCUCUGGAGAAGCACUUUUUCAGACACAUGAGAACUUAGAGCACCUUGCCAUGAUGGAGAGGGUAUUAGGUCCAAUUCCACAGCACAUGUUGAAAAGAGUGGAUCGUCAUGCGGAGAAGUAUGUUAGAAGAGGUAAACUAGAUUGGCCUGAGGGUGCGGCAACAAGAGAGAGCAUCAGGGCCGUCUUGAAGCUCCCUCGUCUUCAGAACCUUGUAAUGCAGCAUGUAGACCACUCUGCAGGGGAUCUCAUAGAUCUGUUGCAAGGUCUUCUUCGUCAUGAUCCUGUUGAUCGCUUGACUGCUCGUGAGGCUCUCAGGCAUCCCUUUUUCACAAGAGACCAUCAGAGGAGGUCUUGCAUUUUGUAGAUAGACUGAACUUUAA